AUGAGAUCAAAGCGAGCGACGACGGCCCGCGCCGGAGCCAGGCCCCGGGGAAGCCACGCGGGGAUCCGGGCGAGGCGAGGCGAAGAUGGCGGUGGUGGCGCCCCUGCUGGCGCUGCUCUACUCCGUGCCGGGGAUCUGCCGCUGGCUGGCCCAGCCGUACUACCCGCUCUCCGUCCUCCUCGCGGCCGCCUUCCUGCUCGUGCGGAAGGUGCCGCCGCUGUGCCAGGGCCUGCCCAGCCAGCGCGAGGACGGGAACCCCUGCGACUUCGACUGGCGAGAAGUGGAGAUCCUUAUGUUUCUCAGUGCGAUUGUGAUGAUGAAGAACCGCAGAUCCAUUACUGUGGACCAACAUGUGGGAAAUAUCUUCAUGUUCAGCAAAGUAGCCAAUGUCAUCCUUUUCUUCCGACUUGACAUCCGGAUGGGACUGCUCUACCUCACCCUCUGCAUAGUGUUCCUGAUGACUUGUAAGCCACCUUUAUACCUGGGUCCCGAAUACAUCAAGUAUUUCAGUGAUAAAACCAUAGAUGAAGAACUAGCACGGGAUAAGCGGAUUACCUGGAUUGUUGAAUUCUUUGCUAACUGGUCUAAUGAGUGCCAAUCAUUUGCUCCCAUCUAUGCUGACUUGUCUCUCAAGUAUAACUGCACUGGGCUGUGUUUUGGAAAGGUGGAUGUGGGCCGCUACCCAGAUGUCGCCACCAGGUACAAAGUCAGCACCUCUCCUCUUACCAAGCAGUUGCCCACCCUCAUCCUUUUCCAGGGAGGGAAGGAGGUGAUACGCCGGCCACAGAUUGAUAAGAAGGGACGGGCAGUCUCAUGGAACUUCUCUGAGGAGAAUGUGAUUCGGGAGUUCAACCUGAACGAGUUGUACCAGAGAGCCAAGAAAACACCUAAGCAGAGUGAAGAGAUCUCUGAGGAGCAACCUACUUCAACGGAGCUGCUCAAUGGAGAGACUAAAAAGGAUAAAUAGAACCCACUGGACUGGACUGUGUGUUCCUUGCCAUUUAGUUUCCCAUUUCUUCAUUUCCAUCUUAACCCCUGACAUGAGUCACCAAGCAAUGGCCUCUAUCCAGCAGGGCAAGGAGCUGUAUUUAAAAAGAAUGAUCCUCCUCACCAGUUCUUUUCGUUGCUUCUCUGCUGGUGGUUUUUUGUUUUCUUUUGUUUUUGUUUAGUUUUGUUCCUGAUUCAUUUCCCAGGACAAUCUGGGGCUUGCUUUGAGGAGCAGAUUAGAAUAGCUAAGAGGCAUUAUUUCCCAUUAUGGAUAUCAUACUACAUUUUGGUUUUCAAUGAGUUGAAAGGUUCUGCAAAUGAGUAGAGGUUAUUGAAAGAAGCAGCACCUUCAGUUGUGGGGGGGCGGCGGCAAAGGGGCCCCAUCUCCUGUUCACUAGUGUUAAGCUCUUCCAUUAAACAAACACUGCCAGUUUUGACCAAUUCUCCUGUCAAAACUGACACUUCAAUCCUGUUGAUUUGAUUUUCUUCAGGGUGAUCUCUUUGGCGGAGGAGAUAUUAAAAAGAGAAAUUCAUCGUCUGGAAGUUUCUGCUAUUCACUACCCAUUACGCUCUGUAAUAAAUCCUGUAAAUCCAGAAAUCCUGAUGGUGUCUCUUUCCAUCAUUUGGGGUUUAAAUCCUUGAGUGCCAGAAAUGGAAUGCUAGCUGAUCUGAACAUGCUGCUGUGCCAGAGACUAAGCAGCUGCCUAGUCUUGAAGGAUCUCCUGUACUCUGUAUCAGUGGCUGCUCAUGUAGAGUCACCCGUCUGUGCCUGGGGCUCCUACUGUCUCUAGUGUACAAAAUACAGGAUGGUGGCUUGUAGGGAUGUGGUGAAUAUGGGGAGUUUAGUCAUAAGCUCCUUUUUUUUUUAACCAUGCUCACAUUUUAGUCUUC